AAACUAUGCCACUGAUCAUUCUUACUGGAUUUCCUUCCAGCGGUAAAACGCGUCGAGCCAAAGAAAUAGAGCAGUUCUUGCUGCAAAAGCUGCAAGCCGAGAAUCGGUCCAUGCGCAUCCACUUGAUCAACGACGAGUCUCUCAACAUCGCCAAGGAUGCGUAUAAAGAGGCUCGGGAAGAGAAAAAGGCUCGAGGAAGCUUGAUUUCAACCGUGGAGCGGUUAUUGUCCAAAGACGAUAUUGUCAUUGCUGACAAUUUGAACUAUAUUAAAGGAUUUCGAUACCAACUGUACUGUGUGGCUCGCGCCAUUAGCACACCCCAUUGCAUUGUCCAUACGGGAGUUCCUGCAGCCAUGGCGAAAGAAUGGAAUGCAAGCAGAGGAUCUGAAGGAUAUGAUGAGACUGUAUUUGAUGAACUUGUUGCACGUUACGAAGAACCUGAUGGACGCAAUCGAUGGGAUUCACCUUUAUUUACAGUGAUUUAUGACGAUCAAACCGUGCCUGGAGACAAGAUUUGGGAUGCGGUGAUUUUGCGCAAACCACCGCCACCCAAUUUAUCCACUGUCACUAAACCGGUGACGGAUACCAAUUACGUGUAUGAACUCGAUAAAGCGACUUUGGAAAUCAUCAAUGCCAUUGUCGAGGGUCAAAAAGAGUAUGGAGCGGGAGGAUUGCCCAUGGUCGUGCCUCGCGCCUCGGUCAAAGUGAUCAACCCAUCUCGCAUCGUGACACUUUCAGAACUAAGGCGCCACCGCAAACAGUUUAUAGCGUUCAACAAAUUGCGCACCACCCUAGAUAUCAAUCGAGUUGCAGAUAUGUUUGCAGACUACCUAAAUACAAGUUUAGCAUAAGCUUCUCAGCAAUGUAAUUAUACUCCAUGCCACAUGUUCUCCAUCUCUCCCUCUAUACGAUAAAAAAUGCCUAUUUAUGCCCUGUGAUACGCUCACAAGUCAACAAAACAGGUAAUUUUGUGUACAACCUUUUGGGCGAUCACAGUGACGGACCAAC